UGAUUUUGGCUCUAGUUUUAUUUGAUUUGGGUUUGAUUACAUUUUGAGUUUUGGAUUUAGAGAUUUGUUGCUACUUUGAUUGAAUUAAUUUGAUGUUGUGGAAUGUCAAAUUUUUGGUGGAUGAAGAAUUAUUUAGUAAUAAUUCACAAUUAGGUUGUAUUUUGGUAUGAAAGAUUGUUCCUUUUGGUAGUGACCUAUUCGAUAAUUAAUUAUAUUCAGCUCAUAUUGGUGAUCUUUCUGCUUGAUUUAAAGGAUGGGUAUUGUCUUGAAUUCUGAUAAUGAAAAACUGCGCCGGGAAGAAUUGUGAUUAUACUGAUCAAUUGUUUUUCUGCUGUUUUGGUAUAAUUAAUUAUAUCAUGUCCAAGACUAUUAAACUUUUUUGAAGUUUGGCUCAUAAAUAUAGUAGUGUGUGCUCUCUUUAGAAGAAAAGGCAACAAAAUUCUAGUCUUUGACAUGUUUUGAGGCAACAAACACAUUUAGUAGGAACUAUGGAAAUUGAUAUAGACCUGAGUAAAAUUUGAAUGAAUUGGUGAUUAUAUUAUAUGUUCUUUAAACUGAUUAGUAUUUGCCUUAAGAUAGGAUGCAAUCGAUUGGAUGGUCUCUUGCAAAGCUUUUUUCUAAGGUGUAAGUUACUUAGGCUCGGUUACUCAUGUCUAACACGGGUAUGUGUCCAAGCGUCCAACUUGGCUAUUUUAUGAAAAAUAUUCCAAAAUUUAAGUGUCCAAGUGUCAUACCCAUGUCAUGGUGUUGAGGGUUCGACAUAGGUACUUAGAGUGUUAUGAAGAGUCCAAGUAACUUAAGGUGUGGUAAUUGUGGGGGUAGCUAGGUAGGGGUCUGCUGUUAGUUUUACCCCAAUGAAUAUCGAGAGACUGUUUUUGCUAUAAUCCUUGGCCAAAAAAGAGUAAUGAAUAGCAACACAAUGGCUGAUACAGUAAGAAAUUUGUUUUAAUUAGUUACAUUUCAAUUUUUAUGUUUAUCCAAAUACUGAGAUCUUGUCAACUGAAGCAAAACUAUAUCAUUGUAUAUUUAUGCCUUCCUCCAAUCUGUAAAUGAGGUUCCUGUUCUUGUUUAGUCACAAUUUUUACCAUAUACUUAGAUACACAUUGGUUUGUCCUGUCAUCACAUGUUGAGAUGACGCGUUCAAGGCUUUCAGGCUUAGUUUGGUGGCUCCCUUUGUGCUGUCAAGUGGCGCAAACAGUGUGUUUGCUACUCUUUCGUUCCAUCUUUUCUGUAGUUUGGCUAAGAAAAUUUCCCCUCGACUAUGUACUACAAUUUGUUUUGCCAAAUACCAGUGCCUCUGUCCCCCUUGGUUUAGUUUUCCAGCUUGAGUACAAGCUAUGUGUUUUGCUUUUACACAGAUAAGGUCAUGCUGUGAUAUGCAUGCUUUAUGUUGCUAAACUUGCAAAUACAUAUCUUCAGUAUUCUUAUGUUUUCUUCUUUGAUUGUUGCUGAUGUCCUUUAUUAUAUACCUGAGGGUAAAGAUGGGCAUGGGCCGUGCCGGCACGGCAUGGCACGGCGGCCCACCUGUGGGCUGUGGGCCGUGCCGUGAACAAAAAUCUGGGAAUCGGCACGAGCACGGCACGAGGCACGGUGGCCGGCCCGUGGGUCGGCACGACACGUGGCACGGUCUGGCACGGCAGUGGUUCCAUUCCAAGUCCCACUCGAAGUGAACAUAGUUCUUGUUGGGUUCAAUAGUGAUGGAGGCUAUAGGUACUCACUGGACUUGCACAAAUUGCAAGAGUUCCUAAAAAUAGGCUUUCCAACUCAUCGACCCUCCUGCUUGGAGACUGGAGAGCCUCUGGAUAUUGAACAUCAUCUUGUCUACAAUGUCUUACCUGCUGGAGAAGUAGAACUAGUAUCUCUCGAGAAGGUGUUAAAGGAGGCUAUGGUUCCUGCUGGAACAGCUAGAGAGACUGAAUUUGGGAAAGAAGUGCCGGCAUAUGAUGUGGAAGCAACAGCUGUGGAGCCUAUUUUUGAGCAGCUGUAUUCCUACAUAUUUGGUGUUGAGAGUGCGGGAUAUACUGCACCAGAGAUUGACCGACCAGUGCCAACUGCAAUAUUUGUUCUGAAUUUUGACAAGGUCAGAAUGGAUCCUAGGAAUCAGGAUAUUAAUCUUGAUGAUUUAGUGUAUAGUAGAAUUACACAACUUUCAGAAGAUGAUAUGAAGAAGCAAGAAGGGGAUUACAUAUAUCGAUAUCGUUAUAAUGGAGGAGGAGCAUCUCAAGUUUGGCUGAGCUCAAGCAGAUUCGCUGUCAUUGACUUGUCAGCAGGUCCUUGCACAUAUGGCAAGAUUGAAACUGAGGAAGGAAGCAUCAGUUCAAGAACUCUCCCACGCAUACGUAACAUGUUUUCGAAGGAGUUAAGUGCUGCUGCUGUUCAUUUAAGCCAUGAUGUAUUUGUUGGUCAACUUGGAGCACUAAUUACAACCACAGUUGAGCAUGUUCUAGCUCCAGAUGUUAGGUUUGAAUCUGUUGAUAUGACGAGAAGGUUGCUGAUACCUAUCAUUGUCCUACAGAAUCAUAAUCGUUACAACAUCAUGACUAAAGGCCAUAACUACAGUAUUGAUGUUGAAGCAAUUAAAGAAGAGGUCAAGAAAAUGGUCCAUCAAGAUCAAGAAGUGGUGAUUGUUGGGGGUACAUAUCCAUUACAUCAGCAUGAGAAGUUGGCCGUUGCUGUCUCCAAAGCAAUGCGGGGACAUUCAGUCCAUGAAACAAAAACUGAUGGACGUUUUCAUGUCCAAACAAAAACAUAUGUUGAUGGUGCUAUUCUUAAAGAGGAAAUGGAAAGGUCAGCUGAUGUCCUUGCUGGCGGUAUAUUAGACGUGGCUGAUCCAUCUCUUUCAAACAAAUUUUUCCUUCGCCAGAGUUUCAUGGAUGAAUCAGCUGAUUCAAGUGAUUCCAUUUUGAAGCACAAACCUCUUUGGGCUACUUACAGCAGCAAGUUCAGUGCCCAAAAGAGAAAGAAGACUAUAAAGAAAGAGGGGAAUUUAUACAGGACCUAUGGGACCAGAGUCAUACCAAUUUUUGUGCUCUCAUUAGCUGAUGUCGAUCCUCACCUUAUGAUGGAAGAUGAAAGCUUGGUUUGGACAAGCAAGGAUGUUGUCAUUGUACUUGAGCAUCAAAGUGCAAAUAUACCUCUAAGCUAUGUUUCUGAAAUGGAAAGGAGGCAUGCUCUUCCAUCACAAGCACAGCGUCAUAUAUUGGCAGGCCUUGCUUCAGCUGUUGGUGGGCUAAGUGCACCUUUUGAAAGGGCUUCUCAUGUACAUGAAAGGCCAGUGUUAAAUUGGCUUUGGGCAGUUGGUUGUCAUCCUUUUGGACCAUUUUCCAAUACUUCGAGAAUCAGUCAAAUGCUUCAUGAUGUUGCACAAAGGAACACAAUAUAUGCUCAUGUUGAUUCUGCACUCCGGAGGAUCAGGGAUACAUCACAGGCUGUUCAAGCUUUUGCUGGGGAUUACCUGAAGACUCCUCUUGGAGAACCAGUAAAGGGAAAAAAGAACAAGUCAACGACUGAACUUUGGGUGGAGAAAUUCUACAAAAAGACCACCCAUCUUCCAGAACCAUUUCCACAUGAAUUAGUUGAAAGACUGGAGAAAUAUUUGGACGUCCUCGAGGAACAGCUUGUCGAUUUGUCGUCCCUACUGUAUGACCAUCGGUUACAAGAAGCACAUUUCAAUAGUACAGAAAUUCUGCAAUCAUCAAUGUUCACGCAGCAGUAUGUUGAUAGUAUCCUGGCCAGCGAGCGCGAGAAGAUGAAAUGCUGCAAUAUUGAAUACAAAGCCCCUAUCCAGACAUCUCAAACAUUUAUAUAUGGGGGAAUUCUUAUUGCUGGGUUUCUUGUAUAUUUUCUUGUCAUUUUUUUCUCGAAUCCAGUUCGCUAAUCAUAGUUUAAGUUAGCUGAGAUUACUUGUUUACCCAUCUCACCACCUGAAUACAGUUUUCAUGAGGCUUCUUCUCAAGUUUAGCGCAAAUUUACACUGUCCUAGGUAUUGUGGGCUCAUUAUUUCUUAAAAAAAAAAAGGUCAUUAUUAUUAUAGCAAUACAUAGUGUUUGAUUUUUCUUUGCCAACUUAUGUGCAGAAUUUCCUACAUCACAAAAGUUUAAAACAAUUACUGUAAUUCUUCUUUUUUUCUUCA